CACUAGUUUAAAAGGCCAUAGCUUCUUUGUAGCGAACCAUAUCUUCAAAGCUGAACGACAUCCGCAGCAGCGGGGUCUUAACUCAUCCAACAUCACAAUGUCUUCAACGUCCACUCUCCUGCAAGGUGGCAUCGCUCUCGUCCACGAUACGAACGACCAUGUUGUUCCUACAAAGACCAGCAUCUUGAUUGAAAACGGAAAGAUCGCGAAGAUUGCGCAAAACAUUGCAGCACCUGAAGGAACCGUAAUCAUCGACUGCACCGACAAGAUAAUCAGUCCUGGAUUUAUUGACACGCAUCACCAUGGUUGGCAAACACAGCUCAAAGGCAGGCAUGCGAAUGAGCAGUUGUUGGAGUACAUGGUCACUGGAAACUCGCAGCAUUAUCAGUACUCAUCGGAGGACGUCUUCUACGGUCAGCUUGCCGGUAUGUUAGAAGGUAUCGCUGCUGGCACAACAACAGUGGUCGAUCACGCGCACAUCACAGUUUCGCCAGAUCAUGUCAGGCUUGCGAUUGCCGCGACAGCAUCAUCGGGCAUUCGAUCUGUGUUCUGCUAUACGCCCAUGAUGCGCGUCAAGCAAUUUAAUCUGUUAGGCUACCACUCGAAUAUCUUCGAGGACUGGGUAAUGCAGACAUUUAACGAGAUCGCCGAUCACGGACCUUUCGGAACCGGCAGGGUCACUCUAGGCUUCGCUUUCGACUCAUUCUUCCUACCUGCUGAGAUGAUCAAAGAUAUCUUUGCGCAGGUCAAGGCAAAGGGCGUAAAGACAAUCACUUGCCACGGGUCAGUAAUCCUAGGCAAGAGUGUUGUACAAAACUUGGCAAGCCUGGAUCUGCUCGACGAAAGCAUCAUCAUUUCCCAUGGUGGCACACUCAAGAAGGCAGAUGCAGAGCUCGUCAAGGCUGCUGGUGCAUUUAUCAGCUCGACGCCUAGUACCGAGCUCCAGAUGGCGAUGGGACGACCAUAUUGCUUCGAUGCAUCAUUCCAGGAUGGUGGAGUAAGUGGUGAUUCGGUCGGUUUCCAGGAUAACGGAAGUCUAGGCGUUGACUGUCACUCUUGCACGGCUGGCUCAAUCAUCUCAGAGGCAAAACUUGGACUUCAAAAUGCCAGAAAUCAUUUCAAUGAAUUCCAUAUGAAGCAAGGCAAGAUCCCGCGCACGCUGCCCCAGAACCUUCGCGUCGAGUCUGCGUUCAAUCUCGCCACGAUAAAAGGGGCGGAAGCCGCAAACUUGAGCCACGAGAUUGGACGGAUUGCCGAGGGGUAUGAUGCGGAUCUGGUUAUCUUUGACAGUUUCAGUCCCAGUAUGGUCGGUGCAGCGCAACACGACCCGGUCGCAGCAAUCAUUCUUCAUUCAAGCCCGGCAGAUAUAGACACUGUUAUCGUGGGUGGUGUUGUGAGAAAAAGAGAUUUCAAGUUGCUUCCUGUUCCCCUAGAAGGUUGUGCGAAGAAGACCGCUGGUCAGGAUGUCUUAGGGUGGAAUAGUAUCGCAAACGAAGUGGUUACGAGCAGAGAGAAGAUGCAGAAAGAGAUUGAUAAGAUUGAUUUCAAAGAGGCAAAGGGCACCUUAAUCAAACUUUUUCACAUUGACGAAAGCAAGUUUGUCAAUGUGUGAUAAGGUUAAAAGUACACAAUGUGUGCUUACAAGGUAUCUUCAAAUGGCACCCUUUUGGUGUAUCACGAUCUUACGUUACACUGCCUUGGAAAUUCCGCGUAAUCAGAAACAUCUCUGCACUUAAAGUACAACUCUACAGACUGCGAUAGCUUCACCAGGGCUUAGGCGCUGAUCACAUCUUUUGUUUCCACAACGAUAAGUUAUAGAAACCCACGACGAUAAGGUAUUGAUACCAUGGUUGACGACCGGCUCGAAUCAUCCCAAAU